UGAGGCGAUCGCUUUGCAGCAGUUUCUUAGCAGGGCUUGACAGUUCAACAUCAUGUAAAACGGCGGCUAUCGCAAGCAGAUCACUCAUUUUAAAAAGAAGGUCAUCUAUGGACCAGUGUUAUUUUAUUAUUUUAAAAUAAAAGUAUAGUGUUUUGGUUUUAAAAUCAAUGAUAAUCAUAAUACAGUGUUAAAAAAACCAUAGGUUUGGUUGAGGCUGGUUUAUUUUUUUUAUCUACGUGUACAGUUUCACUAUACACUUACGACGGGAUUGGAAAAAUAUAUCACGGGUGCGAACUAUGUGUACAGUUAUGACAAUGAAAUCAACAUAAAAGUGCAAUUUUAUUGAAUUCUCAUAAUGCUAUAUGCAAGUUUUGUGCAAGAUUAGUGUGAACUUAGGAUUUGCCAGCCAUCUUGAUUGUUAAUGGCUAUAUUGGUGAAAAUAUACGUCUUAAAUCAACAAAGUGAAUAAACGUUGAAUACUCUAAUGUGGAAUUGGAUGGAAAAUUGUGUGGAAAAACUAGUAAUAUUCACUCUUUGAAUAUUUAUAAAGGAUUAAAAAUUGAUUCAUAAAGUGAUCUGAUCGACACGGAAAAAACAAGUGACGUGACAAAUUCCUUUGCAUCUAUCACUUACACCGUUGUAUACAAGCUGAUCUAGCUGUUCUAUGAUCAAUAUACAACACAUGCGUGCAGAUGUGUAUGUGAACAUAAAGAAAAGAGGUGACGAUCGAGCAGCAUACCAUUGAUCCAGCAUAUUAAGCGGCACACCUGUAUCUUUCUGACACAGACAAUCGAAAUAUCAGUGGAAAGGAAUUUCUCCGAACUAUCAUCUUAAGAAAUGAAACCCAACAUACGCUAGGAAUCGAAAGACAACGGAAACGAUCAUGGACUGGUCUACUGGCGACUUGGUGUGGUUUGACCCUGGGCUUGGUCAUCCACUACCGGGCGAAAUACUUGAAGUGCAUCGCGCCGCCCAAAUAAUCAUCGUGCAAGCGCUAAUCAAUGGAAAGGCUCAAACGUUUACCCUCGGGCCUGGGGAGGGAAACCUCCGUCCCCGGCAGGACCUGGGAAAAACGGGAGUAGAGGACAUGACCCAGCUCGAAGAUCUGCAUGAAGCUUCACUACUAUGGAAUCUGAAGUUGCGAUACGAUAACGGGCUCAUUUACACAUAUGCUGGCAGUAUACUGAUAGCGGUCAAUCCGUACAAAAUGUUCCCAGAUGCAUAUGGCAUUGAAAUGGCAAAAAUGUACUCCGGAAAACCAUUGGGGACGCUUCCACCCCAUUUAUUCGCCAUUGGUUCUGCUGCGCACGCUGCACUACCAUCGCCUCAAGUUGUAGUCAUUUCUGGCGAAUCUGGAUCAGGUAAAACCGAAUCUACCAAACUUGUGAUGCAAUAUUUGGCGGCCGUAGUACCAGGUGGCGGAUCCGCAUCAACCGUCAUCACGGAGCAAAUAUUGGAAGCAGCGCCCCUGCUGGAAGCCUUUGGUAAUGCACGAACCGCCCGAAACGAUAACAGCUCAAGGUUUGGAAAGUAUUUGGAAGUAUUCUUUAAAUCUGGAGCAAUUAUAGGUGCAAAAAUCACUCAAUAUUUACUCGAAAAGUCGAGAAUUGUAACCCAGGCACCAGGAGAGCGAAACUAUCAUGUAUUCUAUGAGUUGCUUGGAGGCCUUUCAGAAACUGAGCGUACUAAGUAUGGCCUUUUGGAAGCUGAUAAGUAUUUUUACCUGAACCAAGGCGGAUCAGACUGUUCACCGGGUCGUGUUGACUGGGCCUCACUACAAGGAGCAAUGCAGGUGCUAGGAGUGUCGGAAAGCGAACGCGAAGGCAUAGUUAACGUCCUAGCAUCCGUGUUACAUUUGGGGAAUGUCUAUUUCCACCGUAGACAGUUAAGACACGGACAAGAAGGUGUUGAAGUUGGGUCAGACGCUGAAAUCAAAUGGGCUGCCCAUCUUCUCCAGAUACCAUCGGAGGGCAUACUCAGGUCUUUGACAUCAAGAAUAACAGAGACACGAUCAGAGCGGCUGUACACUCCAUUGAGUAUAGAUCAAGCGCUGGACGCUAGAGAUGCUUUAGCCAAAGCAUUGUAUUCUGGAUUAUUCAAUUGGUUGGUCCUCCGGAUUAAUUCCAUUGUGCACAAGGGAGGCACUCACGAUGCGCAUCGUAUUUCCAUCCUUGAUAUUUUUGGAUUCGAAGAUUUGGCAGAAAACUCAUUUGAGCAGUUGUGCAUCAACUAUGCUAACGAAAGUCUGCAGUUGUAUUUCAACAAGCAUGUUUUCAAACUAGAACAAGCGGAAUACGCAAAAGAGCGAUUGGAGUGGUCUGCGUUGGAAUGGGAAGACAACCUUCCAGUAAUACAUUUGCUGGCAAAGAAGCCGGUAGGGAUCUUCCACUUGCUAGAUGAUGAGUCCAAUUUUCCAAGGGCGAACGAUUUAAGCUUUCUGGAAAAAUGCCACUACAAUCAUGCGUUGAACGAACUAUAUUCAAGGCCUAGGAUCGGUGCUCAGGAGUUUGGUAUUACCCAUUAUGCUGGACAAGUUUGGUACUGUGUAGAAGGUUUCCUCGAGAAGAAUCGUGACGCCCUGCGAAUGGAUGUCGUAGAACUUUUGAGCUCGAGUACGGAACCACUAGUUGGCGAAAUGACAAAACAGUUACGAGCACAACGGGACAUCGGAAAAACCUUGCCCAGAGGCAUAAAUGGGCGAUUUGUAACUAUGAAGCCUAGAACACCAACCGUAGCAGCAAGAUUUUCUGAUUCCCUACAACAGCUUUUGCAAUCAAUGGCAAAAUGUAAUCCGUGGUUUGUGAGGUGUGUCAAGCCAAACAAUGACAAACAAGCUCUUCGUAUGGAUAUGCCAUGCGUAUUACAGCAGCUGCGUUAUCUGGGUAUGUUGGAUACCAUAAAGAUACGACAACGAGGAUACCCAGUACGGCUUCGGUUUCAACAUUUUGUUGAGCGAUAUAGACAUAUGUUAAAAACUCCCCUACCAAGAGGAACUCCGUACCGCGAGCUGUGUAGGUUUGUUCUUGAUUCUCUGCCAGGAACCAAUACAGAAGGGCCUGAUUUCCAACUUGGAGCGACUAGAGUAUUUCUCAGAGAAGCACUCCAUCGAACCUUAGAAGCCAGUCGAUCAGAAAGAUUACGAAUUGCAGCUGUUACAAUUCAGAAAAAUGUACGAGGAAUGCUUUCUCGAAAGCGUAUACAGCGACAAAACCGAGGCGCUGUUACCAUUCAAAAGGCAUGGCGUGGAUAUAAAGAUAGAAAGAAUUACGUUAUGCUCAAGAGAGGCGUGGUCAAAGCCCAAGCACUAUAUCGAGGACGCGUUCAAAGGAAACGCUAUGCAAAACUAAAAGUAGAAAUGAAACGUAGAAGAGAUGCUGAACGAAUGCAAAAGGAACGCGCAGCGCAAAAUCUGGCCAAAGAGCAGGUUGAGCGAAAUACUUCCGCACUGCUGGACAUUCCAGCCGAACUCGUAUUUAUUUUCUCUAAAUCGGAAAAUUGGUCCGGACAACAAAACGACCGCCAUUUAGUCAAAGUUGUGGGAACAGUUCCAGGUCCUCCAACGGCAUCCGAUCUACCUCCAGAUCUGGACCAGUUUGCAUUUGGAAAGUUCAGUUCCGUAUAUUGCAAUGGAAUGAAAAUUUCUUCCAGACGUGAUGUCAUAUCGACACCUUUUUUGUCAAGAGCAGCAGCUCGUGACCAGGAUUUUAAAGAUGCGAUUGCAAUUUUUAAACUUAUUUUAAGAUGGACUUCUGACCCAACAAUAGAUCAGAACAAAGAAAAAAUAAUGGCAGAUUACAUAGUCCAUAAAGGAUUGUCUUCCAGAGGCCUGAGAGAUGAAAUACUCGUUCAAAUUUGUAAUCAAGUAUACAGGGCAGAUGAAACAUCAGCUGAAAAACUGUGGCUGCUUAUGUCCCAUUGCUUAUCUGCUUUUCAACCAGGAUCCGCAUUCAACAAAUAUUUGAUAAAAUUUAUUGUGGACAAUGCACCGUUCAACACCAAGGAACAACUGUUGAAGAAAUUGUUGCGCAAUGAUACGGGCAAUCAAGCGAAUCCAUGCCGUCUGUUUCCGCCGUCAUGGCUAGAAUGGAGAGCUUCAUCUAGGCUUGCUGACACUGCUCUUGGACUUAUCCUACCAGAUGGUAUAAUGCAAACGGUUGCCGUAGAUUCGUGGACAACGUGUGAAGAAGCCGCCGCUUUAGCGAUUUCAUCGUUGGGUAUUCCAAACCUGGGUUGGACUGUUGUGAUUGACGAUAGCGGUUUAGUAACAGAUUCGUGCGGUUUAGAUUAUGUGCUAGAUUUGGUGUCGGAGAAAGAACUCUGUCCAGCUUUUCCAGCAGUUCGCAGUGAUUUGCUCAGAUGUGGUAGUAGAAAUCCACAACCUCCACCUGCUGAGCCUGAAAUGAGCCCCAAGAGGCCUCAAGUACCUCCGCCGGAACCUCCAUCAGGAAAGCGAAUGUCCGAUAUACAACUACUUCCAGCAUCUCAUGAACCUCAUGUGAUCGAAAGUAAAUCAGACGGGGAUGAGAUAAGACCCGAAUAUACUCGGCAUAUGGAGUCUGCUACUAGAAAAACUUCACAUGAUGCAAUUUCUCGCAGCAAAAUACUGAACGAUCAUUACUUUGAAACAGAAAAAUCGAGAUCCAGAUCACUUGACGAUCUUUUAGCAGCUGACGCAAAUGAAAUUAUUCCCAUCAGUGAUCCUGAACCAAUGGUGCUUACAAUGGCCGAACAUCGGCAAAGUGAUCGUUACCGAUCGAGUGAUGGUAUAACUCCACUGAAAGAACCGCAACCAAGAUACGUCAAAUCUCAAUAUGCCGGGAAGAGAACGGCUGGAUCGCAUUCCAGCAAGUAUGUCGAUAGGUCGGAAAUGAGUAUUCGAUCAUCUGCCAUGUCAGACACCAGUGAAGCACCUUCUCUGGCUAGCCAUGUCAGACGCGUACGUGUUCCAUCGCAAGCCUCUGACGUCGAUCAAUUUUUAGACGAUUUAUUUAGCCCUGUUCUGGACGGUUCUCUCGAUGAACUAUCAGAUGCCAGGUCAUUAGCUGCCAGUAUACGAGGAACUGGAUGCAACCCAAUACAAGAAAAUACUGUCGAUGAUUACAUCGACACGGUCCUAUCAUCAGUAGAUGUUUGUUCCACUAUCGCCAAUCUGCAAAAUGGAAACAACAUCGAUAAAAUUAUCAAAGGGGGAGGCACGGCUCACCAGACCAAAAAUAAUGGAUUUUCCCCGAAUGCGUCAAACUUUACCUCGACGCCUGUUACGCCAAUCACACCAAUUAAUUCGAAUUCAUUGCUGAUGAUGAGCUCAGUUACCCCCGAAGUAGUGGUGCCAGUAUUCAACAUCCCACCGGGAGUUGAUGGAUCUGCGUACCAGCAACAAGUUCAGAGAGCGUUUUUACAGUCAGCGAUGGCACAGAACAUUCAAAUUCAACAGCAAUUGAUCGCGCAAAAUCAAGCUCUGCAAACAUUGCUCACUCAACAAGAUGGACCUAAAUCACCGCCAAUUCACAACAUGUCUCCCAAGCAGAAUGCAUCUUUAUCGCCAUCGACGCCUCAAUCGGCCAAUCGUAAAACGAGCGUAAAGACCAGAUCUGAUUCCACUACGGCGUCUAUGUCUGAUCUGUUACGAAAUCGGAAAGACUCUUCGUCAUCCAAUUUGAUCCCGCCACCUCCACCACCACCAUUGCCACCACCACUAGAGAUGAAGGAUCCCCUCGAAGUGCGACCUUUCCUAGAUCCCUAUGGCAGAGCCAAAACAGUACGAAUCGGUAAGUGGAGGUGGCCACCUCCACAAGAUGGAUCUGCAGGAGAGAGUGAAGAGAACUUUAUGCACUUUAAAAUGACACGCCAAACAAAUCGUAAAACCACACCCCAAUCGCAAGUGAACAGUAACGUUGAAUCCCCAAUUGGAUCACCUAACGGUGUAGAAUGGGACGAAUUCGAGAUAGACAUACAAAUGGCAAGCAAUUCCAGCAAUCAGCAUCCCAUGGGUGAUCCAAAUCAGAAAGGAAAUCAAGCCAACCGUGUUGCGAAGCGAAGCUUCGACAUUGGUGCAGAUAGACCUUCGCCAAGCAGUGUGGGCAAACUUAAACUAAGCAAUGAAAUGAGACAACGGCUGGAACAAGUCACUGCCGGUCACUCCGUGAGGUCGACCAGCACUCGGUCGGAUAGAGCGGAACGUGUUCCCGCAAAGUUGGAAGAUACGAGAAGGAUGAUUUUGGAGCAACAACUUGGUGGAAUUAUGUCCAUGCAGUCGUCAAAUACUCAAUCUGACAUUCCGUCCGUUAAAACGCAAGUUCAACGAAUGGAAGCCGGUAAAAGACCUCCACCAACGGCGUGGCCUACGGUUCUUCCACCUGCUCCUGCUGGACCAGCCCCACCACCGCCAAUCAGACCCCCAAAUACUACGCCUCCAGCUCCACCACCACCACAGAUGCAAAUAUCCCUACAAGAGGUGCCUUCCUUCGUUCAACGCCAGGAGCGCGAUACGUUUGGAGCUAAAGAUCCAUUCAACGACUCAUGGAGUCGUGCUGAGGCAGCAAAGUUAGAACUGGUUUAUGAAGCAAGUUUUAAAAAGGAAGUUGUGAUUCAACGCGAACGAUCACGGUCCCGAUCACGAUCGCGAGAUCGCGAAAAUUUCUCUGAAUCUGUAUGGGAUCGUUCAGAAGUGGAGGGGCCAUCAUCAACUACUAGCGAUCGCGAGCAUAAAGAACGGGAGAAACGUGAACGAAACUACGAGAUGACUCAAAUUCAAAGAGAAAAGGAAAGCACAAAAGUUUACCAACCAGCACAGCCAAAAGAUAAAAUUAAAUCGAACAGUAGCAACAACCGCCAGUCUGUAGCCACAUUCAAAACACACAUGGUUCAAAAAAGUGUGCAAGAAAGAGAACGCAAAACAUCAGCUACUACCGUAUCGUCGAUCAACAACGAUCAUAUGAACGAAUCCGAUCUAUCGGUACACGAUCCACCCGCGCCAGUGAUGCCGUUACCUGCACAACCAUCGUUGAAAGCUCCUGCUGCUGCGUGUCUAACCUACAAUAAAAUCACUUGGAAAUUACGUGUUCGAAAAGAAGUAUUUCGUCCUAGUGAAUCGGUUUCUGCUCCAGCUGCGCUUGAUCUGAUGUUCUCGCAAAUAACAUCCGACGUACUGGGAAUAACACCAUGUUUGCGAAUCAAUCCACAAGAAAAACGUGCAGCUAUGAACUUACUCAAUAGUCACGGCGUAACGACCGAAAAUAUGUCGAGUCAGGUUAGAGCAAUAGUGAAGCGUCACCUGCUGGAUAUGGCACGAGGCUGGCCUCUGUACUUCUCACGGAUGUUUAUACUAAACGGUUCCCCCUCUAUCCCCGGUGGAACCCUGCUUGCCGUGUCUCACGUUGGAGUGUGCUUAGCGAGAAAGGAGCAGGAUUAUAUUGCUGUGCAAAAAUCAAUGCCCUUCUCGGAAAUUCAAAGUGUGACUACGUUGCCGCGACCUUCAACGUUCCAGUUGACUUUGAGAAAUGGGAACCGUAUUGUGCUUCAUGCUCCAAAAUCAACUGCUAUACAAGGCAUGAUACAUUCCUUCUUGAUGGAAUUCCGACAGACCCAAUCCAAAGGACCUACAAUUUCCUCCGGAGUUCGAGCGGCAGCCGCAACCCUGAACGUUCCUCUAGAACGUCUCGAAAUAUCGAAUAACAGUCCCAGUUCACCAAACCAGCUUUCGCCGGCUGAAAAAUCUCACCGUUCGUCAACCAUAGACUACGACAAUAUGCACAUCGAGAAUGGAAUGUCACAAGGACAACAGGACAUUCCUGCCUCGCCGAAUAAUAACUUUAGUCCUCAGGGUCACUACAAAGUUUCGGUAGGUUCAAUGGGCAACAACUACCCUCAAGGUGGAAACAUAAUGCAACAUGAAGAAUCAUCACCUACUCAAACAUCACUCACCAAGCAUUCACUUCUGCAAUUUGCGAUGCAACAUUUCCGAAACGACGGUGAAGACUUCAAGAGAAACGACAACCGAUCGAGCGCACGCAAUCCUCUGGCAGACAUGGUGAAAUGGCAGGGCCAUCCUCUACGCUUACCACUUCUACGUUUACCGCCUGAUUUAGCCCCGCUGGCAAUCGAAUGCUUCGAUUGCAUCCUUCGCUACUGUGGAGACCUUGUACCAGAUCCCGAACUUACAGAAGUCAAAUGCGUUUACACCGUACUAAUGCAUUGUCACAAACAUUUAACCCUGAGGGAUGAGGUCUACUGCCAGCUCAUCAAACAAACAACAGCCAACCGUUCAGCGUGUCCAGAAUCGGCUCAACGUGCUUGGCGGUUACUCAGCAUCCUGGCGGCAUAUUUCGGCUGCUCUGAUGCACUUCGUCCGUACUUGAUUGAGCACCUCACGUCUGCGGCGUCAGACCGUCGCCGAGCUUGUCACGGAACUGCUGCUGUCUGUCUUACCAACUUGAGGAAAACUGCGCGUUGCGGAGGCAGGAAGAAUGUACCAAGCGUCGAGGAGGUCACAGCGGUAUCGGCUGGACGAUCUGCAAGAAGACAAAUCUAUCGGUUACCAGGUGGAGCGGAACGAAUCGUUAAUACUCGAUGCUCUACUGUUGUAGGGGAUGUAAUUACGGAACUAUGCUCACUUUUGGGAAUAGAGAUACCAGCAGAACAACAAGAAUUCUCACUGUACUGCAUAGUACAAGGAGAUGCAUUCACGAUGCCACUUGCCGCUGACGAGUACAUUCUAGAUGUCACUACCGAGCUUUUGAAAUCAGGACAACCAUUCUAUCUCAUAUUCUGCCGCUCGGUGUGGCAUUUUCCACUGAAACGAGACCCUGCCCCGACCCCUCUCUACAUCGAAGUACUGUUCAAUCAAGUGGCACCGGAUUACCUGGAAGGACUGCUUUUGGAAUUACCAAAUGGUGGAGCUCCCACUCCCGACUACGUACGUGAUAUGGCCAGAAUAGCCGCAAUACUACACAGAGCAGCAGACCUCAACCAUCUACCGGCAAUGAAGGAAAUAAAAUUCCUAUUACCGAAACCCGCCCUGUCACUACGAGAGCUUCGGCCAGCACAGUGGGUUGCAUUGGUGCAGUCUGCCUGGCCAUCUAUAGCCGGGCUUAGUCCCAUACAAGUUAAAGCGCAAUUUUUGAACGUUUUGUCAUCAUGGCCAUUGUUUGGAAGCAGUUUCUUCGCCGUGAAGCGCGUCUGGUCCGAAGAAUCACCUGCUGAGGAAGUUAGUCCAAUGUGGAGAGAGCUCAUACUUGCGUUGAAUAGACGAGGGGUACUUUUCCUCGAUCCGAAUACUCACGAAACAAUGCAACAUUGGCCAUUCAACGAAGUGAUUUCUACUAGAAAGGUUCGAUCAGAAGACGGUGCGCUAUUUCUGGAUAUGAAAGUAGGUAACCUCCUGCAACAACGGGUCAUUCGAGUGCAAACAGAGCAAGCGCAUGAAAUUUCUAGAUUAGUGCGGCAGUACAUCACAAUGGCACAGGCGCAACUUAGAGAUCGAAGGGAAUAAUUUUAACCGAACAAAUCGUAAUGCGAAUAUAUAUAUUUGAAAAACGUAAAAAGUUUAUAAAAAUUGUUUUGUUAGGACAACAUGACUAUUUUCAUUCUGAUUAACAGUCAUAAAGUCAUAUGUUAUAAAAUCGGUUUAAUAUAAGAAAAAAUAAAUAACCAGAGAUUUUAUUAUAA